UUUCCAUCACUAGACGCGUAUCCAACGUCCGUGUCCGACAUUCAACACUGCAACCGAUCGGCAUUCCGUUACUACGCGCACAUGUUUCUAUUAUAUUAGAUUUUUGUUACAUCAUUGUGUCGUUCGCCAAAAUUGGUAAUUUUUUUCACCACCCCGUCGAUAUUCACAACCGUUCCACACACGUUCGACGUAUAAUACGGUGAAUCGUAUCGGCCCUUGUUCGUAACGAUUGUUGUAUCCUAUUAUCAUCGGUGUUAUAGACUUGUAGCUGUCCCGGUUCCAAAAAUAUGUCUGAGGCUGGCGAUAACGAUUUGAACAAUUCGACCGAUGGUAGCAGUUAUUCCGGCGGACCCCGAUCGAUUUCGUCGAGUGACUCGGACGUUGACAAUAGACCCGUCGUCGAAUACGGGUCGCGGCCGUCGUCGCGGGCCGACUCACCGCUAUCCAUGUCCGACGACAGCGAUGCCGAGGUGAAUAUUGUCAACAACAUGUCAAACUCUACUGACGAUAGUGAUAACGACACACGAACUGAAGACAACGAUUUGAGCAAUUCGACCGAUGGGAGCAGUUAUUCCGGCGGAACCCGAUCGAUUUCGUCGAGCGACUCGGACGUCGACAAUAGGCCCGUCGUCGAAUACGGGUCGCGGCCGUCGACCCGGGCCGACUCACGGCUAUCCAUGUCCGACGACAGCGAUGCCGAGGUUAAUAUUGUCAACAACAUGUCAAACUCUACUGACGAUAGUGAUAACGACACACGAACUGAAGACAACGAUUUGAGCAAUUCGACCGAUGGGAGCAGUUAUUCCGGCGGAACCCGAUCGAUUUCGUCGAGCGACUCGGACGUCGACAAUAGGCCCGUCGUCGAAUACGGGUCGCGGCCGUCGACCCGGGCCGACUCACGGCUAUCCAUGUCCGACGACAGCGAUGCCGAGGUGAUUAUUGUCAACAACAAUAUGUCAAACUCUACUGACGAUAGUGAUAACGACACUACCGAGUCGGAGUAUAUGCCCAGGCCCAGCGGCUAUUGGAUGGACGAGUUCGUCACGAAGAAAAUGGAAGACAGGCCACCGUGUUACGACGAUAUUGAAAACGACCGUAUUGCUAGUCCUGAUAACGUUGAGGCACCUAUUGCUCAUAGCUACGAUCAGGCACCUAAUGCUGAUAGCUCUGAUGAGCCACCUCCCGUGUACGACGCUAGUCAUUAUGUUCAGCCUAGCCGGCAGAGCACCCUGACCACGCCCAUGUCGAAUCGCAACAGAGUGGUCCAGCCAAACUAUUUAACCGUCACCGAAGUUACGACGAUGACGACUUCUGAAGCGGUGAUCCGUCGGGACAACCAGGAAAAUAUCACACAAUCCCAAAUGAUUUAUUCCGAUUGCGGAUUUCCGCGUCGGAGCCAUUCAACGUACACGACCGUGUACCAAGGUCCUCGGAUGACGACCGCACUAAACGGGAUCGUCCCCAACCAUGAAGAAAUCGCCCAAAGAGAUAGGCACAAUAUGCUUUCAACAGUAUGGCGGAUGCCGUCGAUGACCGUGCCUUGGCCAAGACACCGUUAUGGUAUUUCCUAUUAUGCCACUAAUCAACACCCGACGUCCCACUACGAAUUUGUAUUACAACGGAAUCGAUAUAGACCACCUAGGUGAAUUUCUAAUGCCUAUUCCUACGCUGUAUUGGGUUUUACCAUUGAUUGGUUUUACUUAUGUAUAUGACCUGCAAUCUCUCGAUUUCUAUAAUUACUAAAUAUCACGACAAAUUUUUAUAUUACAAUUAUAGCUAUCCCGCCCGACGUUGCCUUGGCCAAAUAUUUGUAUUUUUAAUAAAACUAUUU